GAGGAGACCAAACCGCCACCUGAAAUCACCCGCAGCAAUGGCUUACCUUAGUAAAUUAGAUAACUUGAUGAAAGCCACACACCGACAUUCACAUGGAGCUGGCUGUCAGCGACAGUCGCGAGAAAAUGACGUCGCGUGGUUACGUAUGGAGGCUGCCGUACCACGUGAGCCGCAGGAGAGGCGAGAUAGUCACCGGCACAGGCGGCAGCGCUGCCUUUGGCCGGUCAAGCCGACGGAGCGACGAAAAUACAGAGGAAAAACAAAACAAAACAAAACAACAACAACAACAAAGAAAACCCGCUGAAGGACCAGCAUCAGCUGAUGCUAUCAAACUGGCAAAGAUCCAGAUGUUUGCCUCUCCAUCACUGACACAGAGGAAAACUGGAGAACCUCAGCUAAGAAAGCAAUUACCAGUUUCAGCUAUGUAGCUCAUGAUGAGGAGUGCGUGUGUGUGUGUGUGUGUGUGUGUGUGUGUGUGUGUCCCUAUCGCUGUCCCUGACUCUCACUCUUUUGUUACCCCAUCCUCUUUCCUCUCUUUCCCUCCUGCAUGGCUGCUCUCUCUCCUCGCAGCAGUGUGCCGUUAGAGCUGAUAAAAUUGGACUGAUAACAUUGACGCUUUGAUCACAGAGCCACUGUCACUCAGCGGUGCGCAGCACUGGAGUGAGUGACUCUAUUUAGCACUGCUUAUCUCACCUGGCCUUUAUUUACCCAGCAUGCAACAGAGUCUGAGUGUGAGCAGGAGGGGACAGAGUGACCUGUUCACUCAUCUAAGAGUGAACUUAGAUGAUAAACUUUUAAGAUCAAUUGGGAUAUUGCUCUUACUGGAUAACUGAAAUUGUAUUCAUCUAUUCUAGAGUGCACUGAAAGAUGAGGUAUAUCUAUUUGUUAGCAGUAUUAUUAACAUUUACUUACAUUAGAUAGAGUCACAGUAUUGUAACCUAUCAGCUACCGUGCACCUACCUCCUCAACCACUACUAAUGUAAUUGUCCUUCUUUCAAAGGCUCUUGAUAUCACGUUACGAGGGCUGCUGACGCAUGUUUGAAAAAGCCUGUCGCAGCGCCGGGUAGCACUGACCCAGAGAGCCUUUCACUGAACAGUCCUGUCCUUGAUCAUAAACCAAACAAACGAUAGACUUUUGUUUCAUUAAGAGGCUAAACAAUAAACAUGCUAACUCAUUUCAGUUUUGGUUUCAAGUAAUUAUUGAAGCGGAGAGGGUGAGCGGUGGAGAAACAAAUUAAGUAACUACUUUGGGGCAAUUAAAUCAGUCAUUAAGGUUACUUAAUUAGUUACAUAUAUUAAUUAGUAAGUUCAUUGAAAAAUUAGCAGAUAACAGGCAAGCAUCCUCAUCAUUAUUUUGCUUCUCUUUCCCUUUGGUCCCUUCAGUCUUGUGUCUCCUCCUCCUCCUCAUACUGCUAAUCUGCUGCCUCCUUUCAUGCAGGUCAGUGCUUCAGUCCUGAGCACCCAGAGCCCAGCUGGCUUUCUGUUCAGCCACCUAAUCAGGGACUAUUUUACACUGGGGAAGCACGGUGCACACAGUUAAUUACAAAAUAAUUCCAGAGCGCUCUGUGUCCCACUGACGAAGGCAGAGCUGAAGGCUAUGUUUAAUUCUUCUAACAGUGGUUCUGGAGAACUGCUGCCCUGCUGUUUUUUAAUCCAACCAGGUAGUUAAUUGCGUUCCCCAUGCAUCUCAGGUGGACACCAUUCCCUCAUUAAACAGCUAGAAUGGAAACCAGCAGGAGUGUUGUACUCAUAGCCCAGGAUUGAGAGCCACGCUGUAAAACCUUUGACAAGUUAAUUAAAAGAAGACAUGUUUCUCAACUGGUGGUGCACUUCUGCCAAAAUCAAACUUCCAAAGCGAAUCCAUUUGUGGAUUGUUUGGAAGUGCUGUUUCACUUGAGGCCUAUUAACAUCACACAAGAGCAAACACAAUUAUAUUUUCUAGGCAGGUGCCAAUUUUUCUCUUUUUGUCAUGCUGCUUUUGUAGAAUUCAAAUUUGAGUUCUUAAAAAUCACAGGAAUAACACAUAAAAUCGGUUUUGGGGAGGUUUGGUGUUGGGAAAGUUUCAAGGUGGAUUCAGGUGGAGGGCAGAGGGAGUGUGCGGCCGUGCGGGCAGACCAGCAGCCAGCCUGCAGGAAGAGAAGACAAACUCAGGCUAUGUUGACAUUCCUCUGGUGACGGCUUUGUUUCCUCUACACCGAGGGGCUGUGAGUGAUAGCAGGUGCAGCUGCUGAUGAGCUCCAGCUGUAGGCAGUUGUUUCCCUGACAUCUCUCCCCUCCUCUGUGUUUGGCUGUGCAGGCGGUGUGCGUGUUUGGCCUGGUUGUACAGCACCUGGGCUAUGAAUUUGAUUAAAAAAAAGGACCCUGAGGCUGCAUUCACGAACAUACUCUUGAUAAAUCUCAAGAAAUGACAUAAGAAGGAUUUUUAAGAUGUUCUUAAAAGCAUUUUCCAAGUAACAGUCUCAUUUCUUGUGAACCUCUUUAAUUGUCCUACUUUUCCUACUUUAGACAUGAGACAUUGGCCUGAGUGAAGUAAAGCUUCAAAAUAAAAGUAUUUUUUAAUAUUACUUGUAGGGAAAUAUUUGAAGACAUUGAACUAUAACUUAUAUCUCUAAAAUUUGUUUGGAUGUAUAAAAUUAAUGGCUUGACUUCUCUAGGAAUUUUAUGACAGGUAAAUGGCUGUAUUCUAUUUUUUUUUUUUAAGAAUCUUUCUUUCUUAGGCUUCUUAAGUAAGUUAAAAAUAUAUAAGAUUUUUGUUCUUUUUUCAAGGCUAAAGUCAAAACAAGAAAUGGCACUGGUUCUGGGAAUCUGUCCUUUGGUUUUGCUUUCCGAGAAGUCCAUUUGUACAUCGCCACACAUUGAUGUAGCAGCAGUGGCCUGAAGUUAAGAGGUGCUUGGUCGUGAUCAAGACGUUUUCAAUCCUCAGAUGAGCAAAACGGUUUUGGGUGGGUGUGAAAACAGGAAAGGUGGUAAUACCACUGCUAAUGUGCCCUUUAGCAGGGCACUCAACCCCAAUUGGACCAGAUGAACCGCUCAGUCGGAGAGAGUGUUGGUGCUGGGCGGCUCUGAGGUGUGUGUUCAUGUAGCCCAAUGUCAGUCAGCCAGCUGAGAGUGACAUUGGUCUGUUUUAACCUUCACUGUUCCUCCACUCUUUACUCCAAUCAGUUUAUCAGGAACAGAAACGUGCGGAGGGGAGAUAAGAGAUACCAGAGACAGAGCGGCCAAAGCAUAGGUUCUGAUAGGAGUGUGUGGGUGACAUGGGUGACCUGGCUAGGGGUGACAUUGUUGCUACUGGAGGUGCCAUUUUACAGAGGGUGGAGUAUUGAAAUGUGUGUUUUAAUGUGUGUGUGUUUGCAUCUCCAUGGGUAUUUGUACGCAUGCACACACAAACGGGGGGGUCAGGGUAUAUAAACUUUUUCCAGAAACGUGUUCCUGUUUCUGGUCAUUGUGUGUGGGGGAGAAACACAGUGUGUGUCUGUGUGUGUUUGGGACUGGACCUAAGUGAUAGCCAAGAUUUCGGGGGCGAAGAAGGAUCGAGUGGUCUGGACCUCCAUUGAUUUAGGAGAGGCGUCCCCAAUCACACCAGCAGCCAUGAGUAAAAAGGACGCCUACAACAUGUUCGAGAUGGAUGGAGAGAUGGAUGGGAAGGUGAAGAAGACCAAGAAGAUGAAGAAGAAGGAGAAGCUGGAGGGCAUGAAGAAGGAGAUGGACAUUGACGACCACGAGAUUACAAUAGAAGAGCUGGAAAUGAGAUACAACACUAGUAUCACCAAGGGUCUGACCACCACCUUCGCUCAUCAGGUUUUGGAGAGAGAUGGGGCCAAUGAACUGAAGCCUCCUAAAGGAACUCCAGAGUAUGUGAAGUUUGCCAGGCAGCUGGCCGGAGGCCUGCAGUGUCUGAUGUGGGUCGCUGCUGUCAUCUGCUUCAUCGCCUUCGGAAUUGAACUUGCAAGAGGAAACUUCGCCAGCUUUGACGAUCUGUACCUUGCCAUCACCCUAAUUGCUGUUGUUGUGGUAACUGGUUGCUUUGGUUACUACCAAGAGUUCAAGAGUACUAACAUCAUCGCCAGCUUCAAGAACUUGGUGCCGCAGCAAGCACUUGUAAUCCGUGAUGGCCAGAAGAAUCAGAUCAACGCUAACCAGUUGGUGGUGGGGGAUCUGGUGGAGAUCAAAGGAGGAGACAGAGUCCCUGCUGACAUACGCAUCAUCACUGCUCAAGGUUGCAAGGUUGACAACUCAUCUCUGACAGGAGAGUCUGAGCCACAGACCAGGAGUCCAGAAUGUACUCAUGAGAAUCCACUGGAGACCAGAAACAUUGCUUUCUUUUCCACCACCUGUCUGGAAGGUGUAGCUACAGGUAUGAUUAUUAACACAGGUGACCGUACCAUCAUUGGCCGGAUUGCCAGUUUGGCUAGUGGAGUCGGCAAUGAGAAGACACCCAUCGCCAUUGAAAUCGAACAUUUCGUUGACAUCAUUGCCGGCUUGGCAAUCUUUUUCGGCUUCACCUUCUUUGUGGUCGCCAUGUUUAUCGGAUAUGCCUUCCUGGAAGCUAUGAUCUUCUUCAUGGCCAUCGUGGUGGCGUAUGUGCCAGAGGGGCUGCUUGCUACAGUUACUGUGUGUCUGUCUCUGACUGCUAAACGACUAGCCAGUAAGAACUGUGUUGUGAAGAACUUGGAGGCUGUGGAGACACUCGGCUCCACCUCAGUGAUCUGCUCUGAUAAGACCGGCACACUGACCCAGAACAGGAUGACUGUUGCUCACCUUUGGUUUGACAACCAGAUCCACGCUGCUGAUACCACAGAGGAUCAGUCAGGUCAGAGCUUUGACCAGUCAUCAGAGACGUGGCGCUCUCUGGCAAGGAUCGCUGGCCUGUGUAACAGAGCGAUAUUCAAACCAGAUCAAGAGGGAAUACCCAUUCCUAAGAGGAUUGUGGUCGGAGAUGCAUCAGAGACGGCUCUGCUGAAGUUCACAGAGCUCACCAUUGGCAACAUCAUGGACUACCGCAACCGCUUCAAGAAGGUGGUGGAAGUGCCCUUUAACUCUACCAACAAGUUCCAGCUGUCUAUCCAUGAGUUGGAGGACCCUCUGGACCUGCGCUACCUCUUGGUGAUGAAAGGGGCCCCGGAGCGUAUCUUAGAGCGUUGCUCCACCAUACUAAUCAAAGGCCAGGAGCUUCCUCUGGACGAACAGUGGAAAGAAGCCUUCCAGACGGCUUACAUGGACCUGGGAGGACUGGGAGAAAGAGUGCUGGGUUUCUGUCACCUCUAUCUCAAUGAGAAAGAGUUUCCUCGUGGCUACCGUUUUGAGUCUGAUGACAUGAAUUUCCCCACGUCGGGACUGUGCUUUGCCGGUCUCAUCUCCAUGAUAGACCCACCCCGAGCCACUGUACCUGAUGCAGUGAUGAAAUGUCGUACUGCUGGUAUCAGGGUUGUCAUGGUGACUGGAGACCAUCCAAUUACAGCAAAGGCAAUAGCAGCCAAUGUUGGUAUCAUCUCAGAGGGUAGUGAAACAGUGGAAGACAUUGCCACAAGGAAACGCAUACCUGUAGAGCAAGUCAACAAAAGGGAUGCUCGUGCAUGUGUGAUCAACGGCGGUCAGCUGAAGGACAUGACCAGUGACGAGUUAGACGAGGCACUGCGCAAUCAUCCUGAGAUGGUGUUUGCCAGAACAUCUCCUCAGCAGAAACUCAUUAUUGUGGAGAGCUGUCAGCGACUGGGCUCUAUCGUCGCGGUGACAGGUGAUGGUGUGAAUGACUCUCCGGCUCUUAAAAAGGCAGACAUCGGCAUCGCCAUGGGGAUCGCUGGGUCAGAUGCUGCUAAGAACGCUGCAGACAUGAUCCUGCUGGAUGAUAACUUUGCUUCUAUUGUCACUGGAGUGGAGCAGGGCCGUCUCAUCUUUGACAACCUCAAGAAAUCUAUUGCCUACACUCUAACCAAGAACAUCCCAGAGCUGACACCCUAUCUGAUCUACAUCACCGUCAGUGUGCCUCUUCCUCUGGGCUGCAUCACCAUCCUCUUCAUCGAACUGGCUACUGACAUUUUCCCAUCUGUCUCUCUGGCCUAUGAGAAAGCAGAGAGCGAUAUCAUGCACCUGAAGCCCAGGAACCCUCGACGUGAUAGGCUGGUCAAUGAAGCUCUGGCUGUCUACUCAUACUUCCAGAUAGGAGCCAUCCAGUCUUUUGCAGGGUUUACAGAUUAUUUCACAACCAUGGCCCAGGAGGGUUGGUAUCCACUUCUGUGUGUUGGGCUUCGUUCUCAGUGGGAGGAUGUCCAUCUCCAGGACUUACAGGACAGCUAUGGACAGGAAUGGACCUACAGUCAGAGGUUGUACCAGGAGUAUACCUGCUACACCGUGUUUUUUGUCAGUAUUGAGAUCUGUCAGAUCGCAGAUGUGCUGAUCAGGAAGACCCGACGUCUCUCUGCCUUCCAGCAAGGCUUCUUCAGGAACCGUGUCCUCGUAACUGCCAUCGUCUUCCAGCUAUGCCUGGGUAAUCUGCUUUGUUACUGCCCUGGAAUGCCCAACAUCUUCAACUUCAUGCCUAUCAGGGUCCAGUGGUGGUUUGUUCCCCUUCCAUAUGGUAUUCUAAUCUUUGUCUAUGAUGAGAUCAGGAAAUUAGGAGUCAGGAGAUAUCCAGGAAGUUGGUGGGAUCAGGAGUUGUACUAUUGAGAGCAAAGCCAUUCAUUCAUCUAUCUCCACGUGUCCAUGCACACACUGUUCAUGUACAGAACGCUGCAAACCUAACACACCCUACACCAUCCACAAGUCUCCAAUGUCUCUUUCCUGUAUCUCUUUUUAAUCUAUGUUUUUAUAGCUUAAACCAUCUUUCAAUAUUAUUUUAACAUUUACCUGUAGAGUCUAAACAAAGCAGGAAGGAAAUCAUCGAGAGUCAUCACUGAAUAAUUGAAGUAAGACAAAUUUGUUCAAUCUCUUUGGCUGUGUCUGCAUCGUAUUUAUACUAAUAAAGAAUGUUCUGACUGUUAAAGAUCCCAAAGCGA